AACAAAAAUAAAGCAUUAAAUUUCGCAAAACAAGAACAAGAAACUAGGCGAAAUUGGGUUUCUUUUUAAGGGAACAUAACCAUUAAGAUAAGGGAAACUCCUCCACCUUUUUUAUUCUUUUUCAUUAUAUUAUUAUUAUUACAACCCUUUUGCUUCUCAGGUUAAAGCUUCGUUUUCUGCAAUUCCCAUUUCACAAAGCCUAACCCUUCAUCAUCAUUCACCACCCCAUCAUACAUAAACUUGCAAAAAAGGAAAAGAAAAAAAAUCCAAAAAUUAAUAUUAGCAUCAAUCAAAUUAUUAUUAUUAUUAAUAUUAAUUGUUGUUGUUGCUGUUUCUAUUUGUUUUGUUUGUCUCUUUUCUUUCUUGCUCUUGGAUCGGAUCUGAGUCUCUUGAGAGUUGCAGAAAGCCACUACUACCACCAAAGUUGCUUCACUUUGUGGGAGUAUGUGUGUGUGGUUCUUCUUCUUGCUUGUUCUAUAGCUAUGGAAGAAGGUUUCUUGCUCUUCAAUUGCAUUGCUGUUGUUUCUUUUCUCUGAUCAGCUUAUUAAGAAUUUCUUGAUGGAGUCACCUGUUGAUGGAGGAAUUGUGUCUUUAUCAGAGGUUCAGAAUUCAGUUUCUGGGGUAGAUCAUGAUCCUCCUUCAACAUUGGGGGCUUCUCGGCCUCCCAUAAGAGGAUCUAGAAAUCACGGGGCUUCUUCGAAUCGCCAAAAUUAUGGAAUGAAGACCAUCAACCGUGAAAACAGCUAUGAAGAAUUACCAAAUAUGGAGAAAUCUGAUGACAAAUCUGUUGAAAAUUGUUUGCAGAAGAAUAUCUCUGCAAUAGAAACAAAAUUGUGCAUCGAUGAUCCAGUCGACGAUUCCAAGAAUUGUGAUUCUAGUGGCGUAUUAGAAUCUGACAGCUGCAUAUUACCUUCGUCAAGUGAAUGUGUUAGUGUUGAUAAGUCAGUUGAAAGCGGAGAAGUUACUAAUUCCGGUGAAUUUAACGAAAGCAGGAAGACUAGCAUCUACAGAGAGAGUACUGGAAGUGAUGUUAGUGAUGAGAGCAGCACCAGUAGUUUGAGCAGCAAUUUGUAUAAACCCCACAAGGCAAAUGAUGUGAGAUGGGAAGCAAUCCAAGCCAUCCGAGUUCGUGACGGGGCAUUGGAAAUGAGACAUUUUAGGUUGUUGAAGAAAUUGGGAUGUGGAGACAUAGGAAGCGUGUAUCUCGCUGAGUUAAGUGCCACAAAGACUUGUUUUGCCAUGAAAGUGAUGAACAAAACGGAACUGGCAAGUCGCAAGAAGCUCGUGAGGGCUCAGACAGAGAGAGAGAUAUUGCAGUCGCUAGAUCAUCCGUUUCUACCCUCGUUAUACACACACUUUGAGACCGAGACAUUCUCGUGCUUGGUCAUGGAGUUUUGCCCUGGUGGGGACCUGCAUGCACUCAGGCAAAGACAACCUGGGAAGUAUUUUUCAGAGCAUGCAGCCAGGUUUUACGUGGCGGAAGUUCUCCUUGCUUUGGAGUACUUGCACAUGCUCGGGAUCAUCUACAGAGACCUGAAACCUGAGAAUGUGUUGGUAAGAGAAGAUGGUCACAUAAUGCUCUCAGACUUUGAUCUCUCUCUAAGGUGUGCUGUGAGUCCAACUCUGGUGAAAUCAUCAAACACUACCUUGGACACAAAAGGCUCAUCGGGAUACUGCAUUCAGCCUGCGUGCAUCGAGCCAACCUGUGUGAUCCAGCCAGACUGCAUCCAGCCUUCAUGUUUCACGCCGCGAUUUCUCUCCGGCAAAUCCAAGAAAGAUAAAAAGAAGUCAAAACCGAAGACUGACAUUCACAAUCAGGUUACCCCUCUCCCUGAGCUUAUGGCUGAGCCGACGAAUGCUCGAUCGAUGUCCUUCGUGGGCACACACGAGUACUUGGCGCCUGAAAUCGUCAAAGGGGAAGGACACGGCAGUGCUGUGGAUUGGUGGACAUUUGGGAUAUUCUUGUACGAGCUUCUAUUUGGAAGAACACCGUUCAAAGGCUCGGCGAAUCGAGCGACUCUGUUCAAUGUAGUUGGCCAGCCUUUAAGGUUUCCAGAAUCACCUAGUGUGAGUUUUGCUGCCAGGGACCUGAUUAGGGGUCUGCUUGUGAAGGAGCCUCAGCAUCGUCUUGCCUAUAGACGUGGCGCCACAGAAAUUAAACAACAUCCCUUCUUUCAUAAUGUGAACUGGGCGCUGAUCCGGUGUGCGAGCCCACCGGAGGUUCCAAGACAGGCGAUGAAAGCAGUCGCGGCUGAGAGGGUGGCACCAGGAGUGAAGCCUGCUGGUAAUUAUUUAGAUAUUGAUUUCUUUUGAUCCUUAAUGCUUGCUUUCUUUCUUUCUAGUUUGGACUAAUUUCCUUCCAUCUUAUUUAUUGGUGUUGUUGUUGUUCCAUGGUUCUUUCUUUCCAUUGUAUAAAAGGAUGCAACUCUUUUAUCUACAUUGAUCAAUCAACGCUUGUAAUUUGUUGUCCAUGAUAAACUGCUGCAAGAAACUCCAGAAUGCAUUAAAUUGAUGAACAAAGUUUCUGGUCUAUUAUUUAUUCCUCUGAUAAGUUUGGUCUCUUAAAA